GUACAUGGUUCAUUUCUCGGCUUCUUCCUUCCUUCCAACCCCUGCCGGCUGGAAUUCCACUUUCGACCCCUCCGCUAUUGAGUCGUGUUUGGCAUUUGCAGCCAAAUAUCCAAUAUCUACUGCCGCCACCAUUUCUUCCUCUCCCUCUCCCUCCCCUCGACUCUCGCUUUCUUCUUCUUCUUCUUCGUUUCUUUCCAUCAUUGUCUCGCCCCCUACCUUGUAAGUCAAACACCAACCAGGCCGACCAUCCGCGAUCCGAUCUGCAUCCCGCAAACCUGCAAUCAGGCAAGAAACAACAACAACAACUGGGCCCGACUUACCCACAUGAGCCCCAUUAAAUCAUCAUAGCUCGCAGGCUCCCUCCUUGCGUGCGCCAACCACCGAACACCAAGCUCCCGUCGACCCCGAAUCUCUUCCCACCAUCUCGUCACAUCAUCCCGUCCGCUCCGUCUCCUUCGGCCACUGUUCGGUCCGCUCCACCACAGCAACAUACAGCGACCCAGCUAUCGAAAGCUUGGUACAUCUAGACAACGCUAGCGAAUCCCGAGAAUCUGAGCCACGCUAUGAUGACGUGAAAGAGUCAACGUCUCGCCCUUGCACCACCAUCACUGCUUCUAUCCGUUCCCUGUUUCGCCCUCUGCUCUGCGUCUUUGUAAGACGGUCCAGUACAACCGGCCGACAGCUUUCCUUCCCUUUCAUCCCAAGAAUAGACGACAAUACCCGAUCCAAUCCAGAAAACCAAACAAGAAGCCCCCUCUCUUUACUCACCACUAAACCCUGAACAACCGUCACAGCCGCUGCCACGCCUUACUUCAUCCCCCUCCCGCAGAUCUCUGAAUAAGACAAGCAACAUUGUUUGUUCGCUCUUUCCCACCGGAUCAAGCUCCGUCGUUCACUUCACCUCCAGUCGCCCAUCAUGUCUUCCUCAGAUGGUUCUCUCGGCAACACAGGCAACUCGCUUUCGCUGUCCGAUACGCCUUACACUUGGAUCCUCACACCCCUCGUUGUCUUCCUCGCCAUCGGCAUUCUCGCAACACUCAUCCAGUUCCAGCGUCGCCGCCGUCUCCGCAAGCUUGGCCUUCAACGUCCGUGGCCCCGCCGCGAUCUAGAAGCCAAUCGCCAAAGGACAAGGGGUCAACGUUCAUCACGAAAUGGUCGAUGGGCAUGGACCACACGCAGCGAUGAGGGCCUGGACGAGUUCGGUGAGGCUCCUCCCGCCUACGAACCGAAGGCGAAGCCGGGACAGACUCUCCCCCGAGAUGGCAGCUUCGAGAUGGCUCACGUCGAGCACACCGCAACCGGUUCUAUUCCUCCGCCUCCACCCAUCGGCGCCACAGCAGGUAGUAGCCGGGGCUCCAUGCCACCCGAUUAUAGCACUGCUACCGGCUCGUCACCAUCAACGCCCCCAUCUACCAUCAUGAGCCCUCCUUCGGCCAUGACGCGGAAUUGAUCACUGAAACCCUAUCGCGAGGGAAAACAACUACAGCCUAGGGUUUUUUUUAUACACCACUUUCAUCUUUCAUUCCGC